UCAUUUAAUAUUUCAUUUCCGGCAAAACAGAAAUAAACGGAAAUAAACUGACAUUAACAAAAACAUGUAAAUAUUGCACUAAGUACUUGUCAAGAUGGUUCUUAUAUUUACUACAACAACCAGCAUUCUGUCAAAUGAGUAUGUUGAAAAGUUUCCGAAGGAUAAACUGGCCGUUGCAUUAUUCAAAAUUGCUAAAGACUCCAGGGUUUCACUUGCUAAAGAGAAGACCUCGUUUGUUAUCACGGGAGACUGGAUCAAUGUAACGCGUGCUUAUGAAGCGCUGGAACACUAUCUUGAGAACAAGAAUCAGUUUGAUGAAUCUUCUGAAUGUAAUCUCCAAGAGUCUAAGGGUCGAAAUAAAAGUGUUAACAGCAAAGUGCCAAAUGCAUUUCAGAAACCUGCUCGACGAGGUCGAAAGCCAGGGACUACAAUUGUGGCUAAAAGAAAUCAGUCAAAUAGUUUGCCAGAACCUGUAGUUAUGCAACAGCAUGAUUUUGAUAAGCCACAACUAAGCCAACAAAUGAAUAAAAUCCUUCAAAACUAUGUAAAACCAACAAAAGUAAGAAAUGAAUGUCACAUAUUAAAUAACGACUUAGAAGCUAAUAAUGAUAAAAUCCAAAAUGACAUAAAUUCAAUUCAUGUCAAACAAACAGCUGAGAAUUGUUUGACAUCAAAAAAUGAAACAUCAGUCAAAGUUGUGAUUAAAAAAGAAAUCGAACAAGAUGAAUUUGAUGGUGACACAGAUAUUGAGGACAAUUUUGAUCUAAAUCAAAUGAUAAACAAUCAAACUGAUAGUGUUAACCUAGUCACUGAUGUUAAUGGUAAAGUUGUUAAGUGCAAGAAAAUAAAAAAUACUAUUGGACGCAGCCCUAUAUCAAAUAAAAAAAGACGAAGCACUAAAUCCAAAUCAACAAGGAUAAGGAACAAAAAGAAUGAGAUAAAAAAUUGUAUAGAAAAUGCCAAAACUGAAAUGAAAUCGUUUGAUUGUACUGAAUGUGACUACAGAAGUCCUAACAAAAUCAACUUUGUGCAGCACAAGCAGAGAAUGCACACUUUUUCAUUAAAAUGUGAUGAAUGUGGACAUGUAUUUGGAAUGAAGAAAGAUCUUAAUCGGCAUGUAAAACGUGUUCAUGGGGAGCCAUCGUAUGUUUGUGAAAUUUGCCAACGUCAUUACAAAUUCCGCAGGGCUUAUGUUAGCCACAUGAAAUGUCAUGAUUCUGAUUAUGUCAAACAAGACUACCCAUGUGAAAUAUGUGGUAAAACUUUUAGUACUAAGUAUGUACUUACAACACAUGUUAAUGCAGCCCAUCUUGGAAUAAAGAAAUCGUAUGUUUGCCCAACCUGUGGUAAGACGUUCACACAGAGGAGCUCCUACCUUAUGCAUGCAAAUGUACAUGCAGGGAUAAAACCAUAUGUUUGUCAUGUGUGUGGGAAGGCAUUCUCCUAUGACAAGUCUUUGAAGGAGCACAAAUACAUGCAUGAUUCAGAAAAACAUUUUGCAUGUGAGAUCUGCAAGAAAACAUUUCGCCAGAAGACCAGCCUCCAGAUUCACCUUAAGAUUCACAAAGAGUCCAGAGAUUACAUCUGUCAGUCUUGCGGGAAAGGUUUCACUCAGAAGCAAUCAUUGCACAGACACGAGCGGAUUCACAAUGGUGACAAGCCUUUCCAGUGUACAUUGUGCCAGAGAACAUUUAAUGAUUACUCCAUCAUUCGUCGUCAUAUGAUACUUCUACAUAAACGUGAUCCAAAGGACCCUGGUAGUUGGAAGAAAGAAAUCAUCAAUACAGUGAAAAAAGCGACUGCUUUCUACAUCGAGGGUGGGUCCGGUUACAAUGCUGGUGGAAGAGCUCCUCCAUUGGUGGAAACACAUACAGAUACUAGGCCCUCCUGUCAAGACUUGAACAGUUCACCAGAUAAUGUAUCUGUAACUAAAUCGGGUAAAAAGCCUUCUAGCCAGCCUGUCAAGAAAGAGUUAUCUGCAGAAGAAAGUGGUUUGAGACAGGGUCACCUGCAUGAGAUGGCCCGAGCUGUCUACCCACAAGUAACAUCUUUGAGCAAUGUAGAGACUGAUUCUCAGGCUUCUCCACUGCCUCUAAAUUAUAGCAUCCCUGCACACUUUUCUGAUAGUGCAAGAGAGGAGCAUGGUGCUACAACUGAGCUAGAUAUUGAUAAAAUAUCUGACCGCUAUCAAAUGCUUACCAACUCAUAUCAUGCGAUUGCUCCUGCGCGGACAGAGUUGCCUCCCAUUGGGUUGUCAGUACUUAGCAACCAGGGCAUGGAUGCUAUACGAUCACAGGAACUGUCUCAUUCAGCAGCACAGAAUGAUUCAAGUUACACCCAGACAAUGUCUAAUGCCUGGAUGUAUCCAAAUUACCCAUAUUAUAGCACACAUCAUUUUUCACAGUUUCAGGGUCCUCCCAGUUAAGUCUUUGCAUCAUGAUGCUAGGCUACUGUUGUCUAUUUAUUUGUUGAAUUAAAUUCUACUUUAAGAUGAAGUUCACUUAAAUGAAAGCUAAUUAACAAAAAUAGUGUUAAAUUUUUUUUGCCAGAAAAUAACCAAAACAUUCGCUUAAAGCUUUAAAUUCUUUUGAGUAAUCAUAUUUUCAAAAUAAUUUCUAUGAUAACUAAUUAGACCAUGAAUCUUUUAUAUAUGAUUGGAUAAUUUAUUUAAAGUUAAGCAAAUCAAGAUCUGAUUAAAAAAAAAUCUUUUUCAGUAAUUUAGUUAUGUUGAUCUCGCAACUUCAUUUAAUAUUGUUAUUCCAGCAAACAUUAAUGAGAAUGUUCCAUUUUGGCGAGCCAUCAUCUGUAAGGCCUGUUUAAGUAGCUGAGUGUAUGUCAGUGUGUGUUUGUGUCUGUCUGAGUUUGACUGGACUGUAACUUGAUAAUUCAUUCUCAAUGUAAAAAUGCUUGACUACACAUUUUUAUUACCGGGUAUUUCAAGAUUGAAUGUGGCUUAUUAAACGUUGUUUCCCAAGCUUUAAAGUCAAGGUUAAUCUUAGAUGUCAAGGGUCAAUUAUUGCCACUGUACAUCAAUGAUCAUGUCAAGACUGUCACUUUGUCAUUAAUCAUGCACUUAAAAAACUUAACUAAUGUGCCCCAUGUUUAGACGUUAUGUUGGGAUUAAGAUCACGAAAGAUAUCAUCUCAUCAUCCUUGCCCAAAGAUCAAGAUCAAGGUCACACCUAGAGGUUGUUCAACCUGUGUCCCUAGCAAAAAGGUCUAAGUUACACUCAAUAGGUCUUAAGGCAUAAUGCAGAUAGUCUCGACUGUAACUUCUUGAUUCGGCAUGCAAUUUAAAACUAACAAAUGUUUACCUUGUGAAGACAGUGUUGUGUAUGAGACCCAUAUAUCAAGAUCAUAUUUAAUCAAGAUUUAUAAGAGCUCAAUUUACUUAAACUUUCAUAUGCAAAUAAAAAAUAAGACACCACAAAUAUUCACUCAUAUAAAAACCUUGGUUGAAAUGUCAAGGUCCAACUACUUAGAGGCCCAGGUCAAAUUUUGACAUCACUUGUCCAAAAUGAAGCUUCAUUUUAUAUUAUUUGACAGGCUUUUUAACCAUUUAACCCCCCCCCCCCCCCCCCCCCCCCCCACACACACACACAAAUCUACAGAAUGUGAAGAUGGCAAUUUGCAUGCAAAACAGUUUCCAUUGGUAACGUCAACACUAAGAGGCCAUUAUUAGUUUACCUCAGGAGAGUGAUUGUGAUCAGUGUAUGUCAGACAUGGUCAAUAAUUGGCUUGCUGCCACUCAAAAGGUCACAUUUUUCUCUCAAUCUUGGUCAGGAUAUUUAUCGUUCCCAUAAGUUCAAGAAACCUUACACUGAUUGAUAUUUAGUUUCAAAAUACCAAUGUAAAACCAGUUAUGUAUUGUUAUGAUGUAAACAAAAUUACCCUGUGUUAUAUAACAAUUGUGCGAGUCAUGUUUGUUUGAACAAGUUUUUUUGUGUGUAGAAUUGACAUUUUAUGUAGUGUAAGUUACAUAAUAUAUAAUGUACCCGAUACCCAAGUAAGAAUGAAUAAAUCAGUUAAACUUG